AGAAUUCUUCAAUUUUCCAUUAACAAUUUCAUUUGUUUCUUUUCAAAUCCAAGUUCUCCUUCCGAUUCCGUGUGGGCAUCGCUCCUACGUCUCUUCUCCACUGCCUGGCCAACCCCCCCGCCCCCAAUAACUCUUUGAGCUUGAAGUUGAAACGCCUCUUUCUCUUUGACGCAUCUGGAUUGGAUCCACUCCAGCCAGGUACCCUCCCUCGUUCAUUCUUCCGGCUUCAUUUCUGAUUCUCAGUAGUUUCUGUCAUUUCGGAAGGACUUUGAGCUGGGGUUCCGGAGUUCGUCGGUCUGGCUCAGCUUGCGGAUGUCUUGUCUGAACUUUUGCUCUCUUUGCCCUGGGGACUGAGUUCGAGUCAAGAUCUCUGCUCUAGUUGGAGGAGAGGAAUCCCUUUUAACUGUUGAGGAGUUCGUGAUUUGAAGGUAGCGUUUUGAGGCUUUUCUGAGGUUGAUAGUAUCACUCAGACUGUCUUCCUUGGAGAGGAUUUGUUCCGGUCCUUUUGGCGAUGAGGUCCACUGAUAGUUCGGGUCCUUCUUCGCCUUUUGCAUCAUUGGGUCGCUCGGUUUUCGGCUUCCGACGGGAACAGGUUCAUUCCACAGGAUCCAAUCCCGACUCUGACUUGCUGGACUCCAUGCUUGAAUCGUUCCAAAAGCAAGUCACUGAUCGGUUCCAUGAGUUAUCGGGUGUUAGCGACGAUGAGUUGCUGUCCUUUGCCUGGGUUUGCAAGCUCUUGGAUGCAUUUAUCUGCUGCCAGGAUGAAUUUAAGCUUAUCUUGUUGAGUAACAAGGAGCUCAUCGUGAAGCACCCUACUGACCGUAUGGUGAAUGAGUUCUUUGAGAAGAGCGUCAAAGCCCUUGAUAUUUGUAACGCUACCAGGGAUGGGAUUGAGAAAGUCCGGUUGUGGCUCAAGCAUUUGGACAUAGUCAUGAGCGCAUUGGCCUCAGGCCAAAGAACAAUCGGUGAGGGCCAGGUGCGUCGAGCCCGUAAGGCUCUAGUGGAUCUUGCACUUGGAAUGCUCGAGGAGAAAGACAACAGUUCAGUGUCGGUUCUUUCCCAUCGGCAUCGGUCCUUUGGACGUCACGCUGCAAGCAAAGAUCAUAGCCAGCAUCGUCUUCAGAGGCCAGGCCAUUCUCGGUCUCUCUCAUGGAGUGUAUCUCGUUCAUGGUCCGCUGCCAAGCAACUCCAAUCAAUCGCCAACAACUUAGUGCCUCCUCGUGCGAGUGAGAUAAUUGCAACAAGUGGAUUUGCAAUUCCCCUUUUCACCAUAAGCUUUGUGCUGGCUUUCGUUCUAUGGGCCCUUGUGGCUGCCAUUCCUUGCCAGGACAGGGGAAUCAAUAUUAAUUUCUCAGUCCCAAGGAACUUCCCAUGGGCUGGUUCGAUCCUAUCUCUCCAUGAACGGAUCUUGGAGGAGUCGAGAAAGAGGAAUCACAAGAAUGCUAAUGGACUGUUGAAGGAGAUUUAUCAGAUGGAGAAGUGCACGGAACACUUGAUGGACUUGCUUGAUUUUGUUCAUUUCCCCUUGACAGAAGAGCAGAAUAUUGAAAUCGAGCGGCAAGUUGAGGAGCUAGGCCUUGUCUGUGAAGCUCUUGUGAAGGGAUUGGAACCAUUGGAACUACAGGUGAGGGAGAUGUUCCGUAGGAUCAUGAACUGCCGGACCGAGGGACUUGAGUUCUUGUGUAGGGCUGGUAGUAUGGAUUAAUCAAUCGGGAAAUGGAUAUUGGCAUCGUGCAUGGAUACUUGUUUCCGUGAUUCUUGUUGGAGUUUCUUCGUGAAGGCGAGAUGCAGGAAAAUGUUUGUCGUUGAAGAUUUGGCUGUUGUCUAUACUUCUAAGUUCUUUUAGAGGAGGAAAUGCAAAGAGCAUAUAAUAUGUCUAUGUAGAUGGUCAUUAAAUUAUGUAGUCCUUUGCUUAAGAUAAUUCAAGUAUCUCUGUUCAGCCACA